GAGUCUGUCUGAAAGCGCGAGAAGGAGACGCUGCAGACAGGAACCAGGAACAUAAUAGUUUCUUAGAUCGGCCGGUCAUUUACGAUUAUUCUUGAUAACAUACCUUCCAAGAUGUCCAAACGACAUCGUCUGGAUUUGGGAGAUGAUUAUUUUUCCAGCAAGAAGCGCUCAGAUGGGAGAGACAGGGACCGUGAUCGAGACCGUGAAGAUCGUUCCAGGGACAGGGACCGAGACAGAGACCGGGACAGGGAGCGUGAUCGAGAGCGAGACUCGAAGCCCCCCAGUGCCCCCUCCAUAAGUACUGGCCCCAGUCUGCCUGGCCUCAAGCAGAUGGCUGUGAACCAGCAGAUAAACCCUUUCACAAACCUGCCUCAUACACCCCGUUACUAUGAAAUCCUGAAGAAGAGGUUACAGCUACCUGUAUGGGAAUAUAAGGAAAGCUUCAAUGACAUCAUCACACGUCACCAGAGCUUUGUUCUUGUUGGAGAAACAGGAUCUGGAAAAACAACACAGAUUCCUCAGUGGUGUGUGGAUAUGGUGAGAGGCCAGCCUGGUCCUAAGAGAGCAGUGGCCUGUACCCAGCCCAGAAGAGUGGCCGCCAUGAGUGUGGCACAAAGAGUCGCAGAUGAAAUGGAUGUGAUGCUCGGUCAGGAAGUGGGCUACUCCAUUAGAUUUGAAGACUGCAGCUCUGCUAAGACUAUUUUGAAGUACAUGACUGAUGGUAUGCUACUUAGAGAGGCUAUGAAUGAUCCCCUGCUGGAGCGUUAUGGUGUCAUCAUUUUGGAUGAGGCUCACGAGAGAACCCUUGCAACAGAUAUCUUGAUGGGUGUACUUAAGGAGGUGGUGCGCCAGAGAGCGGAUCUAAAGGUUAUUGUUAUGAGCGCAACACUAGAUGCUGGCAAGUUUCAAGUCUACUUUGAUAACUGCCCUCUGUUGACCAUUCCUGGUCGUACACAUCCUGUAGAAAUAUUCUACACACCUGAGCCAGAGAGGGACUACCUCGAGGCAGCUAUACGCACAGUCAUCCAAAUUCAUAUGUGUGAGGAAGAUGAAGGAGAUUGCCUUCUGUUUCUCACUGGUCAAGAGGAAAUCGAUGAGGCCUGCAAAAGGAUCAAGCGUGAGGUUGAUGAUCUGGGACCUGAAGUUGGUGAUAUUAAAAUCAUUCCACUGUAUUCUACAUUGCCACCACAGCAGCAGCAACGGAUCUUUGAACCUCCGCCACCAAGAAAACCUAAUGGGGCAAUAGGAAGAAAGGUUGUGGUGUCAACAAACAUUGCAGAAACAUCUUUGACAAUUGAUGGGGUUGUAUUUGUGAUAGACCCCGGUUUUGCCAAACAAAAGGUGUACAAUCCCCGAAUCAGAGUUGAGUCCCUGUUGGUCACAGCCAUCAGUAAAGCUUCUGCCCAGCAGAGGGCAGGACGAGCUGGUAGAACCCGCCCAGGCAAAUGUUUCCGACUCUACACUGAAAAGGCCUAUAAAACAGAGAUGCAGGACAACACGUAUCCUGAGAUUCUUCGCUCUAACUUGGGCUCAGUUGUGCUGCAGCUGAAAAAACUAGGUAUUGAUGACCUUGUUCACUUUGACUUCAUGGAUCCUCCAGCACCUGAGACACUGAUGAGGGCACUCGAGCUGCUGAAUUAUUUAGCUGCUCUUAACGACGAUGGUGACCUGACAGAACUGGGCUCCAUGAUGGCGGAGUUCCCUUUAGACCCUCAACUGGCAAAGAUGGUCAUCGCCAGCUGCGAGUUUAACUGCUCUAAUGAGAUUCUGUCCAUCACCGCUAUGCUGUCAGUCCCACAGUGUUUUGUCCGCCCCACGGAGGCUAAGAAGGCUGCCGAUGAGUCCAAGAUGAGGUUUGCCCACAUCGAUGGAGACCACCUGACACUGCUCAAUGUCUAUCAUGCUUUCAAACAAAACCACGAGGCUAACCAGUGGUGCUAUGACAACUUUGUAAAUUACCGUUCGCUGAUGUCUGCUGACAACGUUAGGCAGCAGCUCUCCCGUAUUAUGGAUCGAUUCAACCUGCCUCGCCGUAGCACUGAGUUCACCAGCAGAGACUACUACAUCAACAUCCGCAGAGCUCUCUGCACUGGAUACUUCAUGCAGGUAGCUCAUUUGGAGCGCACAGGACAUUAUCUCACUGUUAAAGACAACCAGGUGGUCCAGUUGCACCCAUCCACAGUUCUAGACCACAAGCCUGAGUGGGUGCUCUACAAUGAGUUUGUCCUCACUACUAAGAACUAUAUCCGCACUUGCACAGAUAUCAAACCUGAAUGGUUGGUUAAGAUUGCCCCUCAGUACUACGAAAUGAGUAACUUCCCUCAAUGUGAAGCUAAAAGACAGCUAGAGAGAAUCAUUGCCAAACUAGAGUGCAAAGAGUACUCUCAGUACUGAACACAAUUAGCCAUGAUGUGUCUGGGGAAAUUUGCUGACCAUAGUUUUAGAUCUUCUGUAUCAUUGUAACUGUAUUUUGUUUUCUUUUUAUAUUUUAUUUUCUGUAUCCCAUAAGCAAUAUUUCUGUAAUUGUAUAUAAUGCUGAAAUAAACUGCCUAGGUAAGCUUGGCUGUUUAAACAUAGGAACAUCAAAAAUGACUUUCCUUAUUGCGCCGAGUCAUUAAUUGUUUUGUGCAGGUUUCUUUUAUUAAGUGCUUUCACUUGGUAAGGUCUGAAACAUUUUGAAUAAUAAACUGUACUAUAAAUUUCCCAUUCAAACCAUAAUUGUGGUAGACUUAAAGUUCUAAUUUUGUUUAGACAUUCUGAAGGUGUAAAAUAUAUGAAAAAAGAAGUGACUGAAUUUAAUUAAUAAAGUUCUCUAAAUGAA